CUAUUUCAAAGUGUCACACUCUAGUGAGAGUAUUACCGCUGCGCUGACGACCUGAGCCUGAUGCAAUAGAAACACUUUACUUACAGAACUGUAGCAAAUCACCACAGACACAAAGGAGCUAUAUUUGUUGUUGCCGAAGAGGACUCUAGGGUUGUGCCAGCGGAGGGAAAUUGCCAAGUUAUUUAGGUACACCAGAAGCAGUGGCAGCCAGCCGGGCGAUCUGAGUGUUUCCUGGCUUUGAUGCGACCCGAGUGUGCCUGGAGCAUGUCCACAGCGGGCCUGACUGCCCAGGAGAUCUGUUUUCCCAGAGAAAGCCCCUUCCUGCGGGGCAGCUAUUGUCACGGCAUGGCUAGAUCCAAACCCUCAUGGACCUAUCGCCAUGAGCUGGACAACUUCUACUUCAGUAUGGAUCCUACAAACAUGGAUCACUCCUCCCGUGCCCAGCAACAGGUGCCACCUACACCAUCUUUAACUUAUGAUAGACAAAAACAUAGCCUCAGCACACAGAGAUUACCUCCCAAGAAAUCCAGGCCCACCCAUCUGUCCCUGUCCUGCAGCGCUGAACCGUCCACCCCAAGCCCUGCUGAUGACGACCAGGUGGUCCCCUCAUUCCAGAAGCUGUCUGUCUACGAGUGUAGCAGUCCACCGCAGACGCCAGGCAGAUGUUCAAAGCCUCUGCCCCCACUUCCCACACAAAUAGACAUCUCCCCUGAGCAGGCAAUGGACAACGAGGUAGAAUUUUUCACGAGUUCAGACGACAGCCGCUGCUUGGUGCCUGAUCAUUGUUCCAAAUCCUCUCCCUUUCGCUACGGAGUCCUGAGCCGACGGAGCUUCAGGGACUGUGGGCAGAUCAAUUAUGCGUACUUUGAGGGUCCAACUGGGCAUCAGAGCCCGCAGCAGCCGCAGCCACCUGAACCACCUGAGCAGCAGCUGCCAGAACCUCCUGAGCCUCCGGUGGUGGUUUGUCCGAGACCGCAGGACAGAGCUCAGAGGAAACUGCGACGUUCUCACUCUGGACCAGCUGGUUCCUUUAACAAGCCCACGUCACUGCGCCUCACAUGCCACCAACGCCAUGCCCACGGCAUGGAUAAACCAGAGGUGCCACCCCCUGUCCCUCCACGGCCCAUCAAGACAGUAGACUACCGCCGCUGGUCAGCAGAAGUCUCGUCAGGGGCUUAUAGCGAUGAAGACAAACCCCCCAAGGUGCCCCCAAGGGAACCUUUGUCCAGAGGCAGCUCCCGUACCCCGAGUCCCAAGAGCCUCCCCAUGUACAUCAACGGGGUGAUGCCUCCCACCCAAAGCUUUGCCCCGGAUCCUAAGUAUGUGAGCUGUCGGGGUUUACAGAGACAGAACAGUGAGGGCUCACCCUGCAUAAUCCCCGUUUUUGAGCAUGGCAGGAAGGCCAGCACCACGCACUACUAUCUUCUGCCUCAGCGGCCUGCUUUUGUGGACAACCCUUGUGUAGAGAGGUUACUUCAGGAUGUGGACAGCCCCUCAGGUCGUAAUGCAGAGGCAUCCGUAGUUUGAAAAAUUAUAGUCCAGAAAUGUCAAGGUAGGACAGGACUCUACGGUACAUGAGCAAAAACCACUUGGCAAAACAGUGAAACUACACAUUAACUCCCCUCAAACUGCUGCUUUUACCGUUUUAUUGUUAUUAGUUCUUAUUUACCCCCUCUUUAUUCUGAAAACACUAGGUAUGUGUGCACUGUAUGUAGUUACUGGAAAUGUUUGAAUGGCUUUCACAACAGAGAGAUGCCUCUCUUAAAUGCUGCGUCUCUGACUAUAGAUUGUGGGUAAAAUUCAACAUUGUAGAGAUUAUUUUUGAUAUGAUUAUUAUUUCAUGAUAUUUGACAUCAUACUGUUUUGCUAAUGUUGUGGUGCAGUCAAAAGGUACAAGCAGGACUUUAACCUCGUGCUCAGUGUUUUGUGUCUGGAAUGUUGACGAUGUUUUGUGAGAUGCAUUAGAUUUGUUUGACAUGGGUUAUGUAUCUCACAAGGGACAAAAGGUCAGUAAAGUAACCAUAUAUCACUUAAUAUAUGAAGUUUAAAUAAAAGGCCAAUCUGUUUUUGAUGAAAUGAAGGAUGCUAUCAUGCAAGCCCCCAUCCUAAUUGCCAUUGUGUAUGCAUGCAUAUGCUAUAAAGUAUGCAUGCCAAGAUUGAUAUAGUUUCCCGUGCUGAUGAAGGUCCUGUCUUACCCAGGCCACUAUAUCUGCAUUACUUGGUGUUUCCCACAUGGCAUGUACAUUUUGUACUAGAGGGUGGAUGCACUACUGGUAGCUAUGCAUGUUUCCCAUGGAAUGCCUUGUGCAGCUUAUGUUGGUGUACUUGUUUGUUGGUGUGUGUAAUGUAUGUUUGUCUGUGUGUGUGUGUGUGUGUGUGUAUGUGUGUGUGAUUGUGCAUACAAGCAUGUGAACCGCAGCAGAAAAAAAGUGUUCUGUUGAUACUAUAUAGAAUGACUUUCUACAAUUAGUAGAAUUUUUUUAACAAUAUUUGUUACCGUGCUCUGCUUGUCUGCAGCACCUGCUCUUAAGUACAGCCCUCUAAAGUGCACACUUAUAUUACUUUCUUUCAGUGUCAAGGUCUGUUUUAUUGCACAGAAACUGGCCUGUUGAACAUAUGUGAAUGUAUGCUAUUCUUACAGAAUUAUGUCAAACAGGAGGGGUUCAUUGUUGGUCAAGCUGUGACUCAUUGCUUGGAACUAUUUUGCCUCAAGUCCUACCUCCCUUGAUAUUACAAUAUAUAUUCCCCCACAUUUAGAAUAGUGUCCAGUGUCACAUUCUGAAUAUAAAUUCCCCAGAUGAGAUGAGGUUACCAGCUGCAUAUGAAUAGGUGGACUGAAAUAUUUUCAGUUCAGUCAAGUGUGUGAUUACAAGUUACACAUGUCCUGAGUGAAAUAGGUAUUUUAAAAGAGUAAUACACAGUGAGAUCCAACAUGGGGUGUCUUGUCUACAAUUAGAUCUUAGAUGAUAGAGAUGCUAGGCUAACCUGUUAACACAGACGCAUUACAAAGACAGUGCAGGGCCUACCUACCUGACACAGACUUUCCUGUUCUGCUCAUGCAUUCCUGUCUUACAUGAUUGCAGUGGGUGUGGUCCGAGAGACUUUGGCUGCUGGCAGCCAAGGAAAUAUAUGAAUUUUAUUGUUUAUAGAUGAUUCAGGAACAGUAAGGAUGAUAUAGUACAUGUAGCACAUGCAUUGAAGUAACCCUUAGUGUAGAACAUGGUGUUCAGUUUGGGAAGCAGAUAAGCACUAAGGUCAACCGGUCAUUGAAGUAUGCUUUUUCUCUCCCUCCUGCUCACAAACCUUGCCAACACAAAUGUUGUUUUGACUUAAAUGUCUGAAAAAUGUUUACAUUACACACUGAUAUUAUUUAAUCUUAACGUAUUCGUAUGUCUUAGUAGGAAUAACAAAACCAAAUGAACACUAGUUCAUCAAGAAAUAACUGACGUUCUCUGCUGUGGUGAAGACAUGCACUGGGAGAGUACAGUAUGCUGUGUACAGUAUUUUUUAACAAUUCCAUUUGUUGUUAUGAAUAGCUGAUCGCUCUAUAGUCUUUAAAAAGAAAACAAAAUAAAAUGACUUAUUUAUGA